AUGAAAUUUAAACAACAAGUAUUUAAUCCUUGUAUUCUAAUUUAUAAUUCUAAAGGUAAAAUUUAUAAGGAUCAAAUUGAAAAGAUUGUAAACAGAUAUCCAAGGCAAUACAUUUCAAUAAUUCAUAAUUCUUAUAGUUUUAACAUGUUUAUGAAUGCUAAAAUUACACCAAAACAAAAAUCUCAAUCCAACUCUUUCUAUGACAUGGUUAAGAAUGUGAAUAAUCAAAUAUCUCUCAUUUCUAAGGGUGGUAGCAGUAGCAGUGGUAGUGUUGGUUUGAAUAGUGGUAUUAAUACAAAGAGUGGUAUUCUAGAUGCUAACAUACCUGUAGUUCUCAUGCAGGAUGAUUAUGUUUUAUGUGAUUCAUCCAUUUCACAUUUAUCCUUGAUAUUUGAGAAGGCAACUCAUUUGGAAGAACAGGGAAAGGAUUGGGCUGGUUUUCGUUUUUCUUAUGGAAUGAGUGGAAUAAUGAUGCAACAGAAGGAUUUACCAAAUUUAAUUGAAUAUUUGGGAAGGAGAAGUGAUACCCGACAUACCAUUCAACACUUGUUGGAUAAUUUCUUUGAUAAUACUAAAAAGGCACACCAAGACUAUUUCAAAGGACGUUAUUUUUACACAUACAGAUUCCAAUUAUUGAGACCAAAUUAUCAUUUCAACUUGGAAAAGUCUCACUUCCCUCAAUGUUUUGAACCUCAAACUCAUUUGGUAAUUGAAUCAUGUUCACAUUCUCUGUUUUUUCCUUGUGAGGGAAAGGAACAGCAAGCUAUUGAUUAUUCAGCAUCAACUUUAUCUGGUAAUUCCAAUAGUGGUGGUUCAAGUGGUGGCAAUUCAUUCUCUCAUGAUGUUUUGCAAUUGGCGGCAUUUCCAGCUUCACAUAAGCAUUCUAUUAGUGAUUUUAAAAAUGUUGAGAGUAUUCCAUGCGAAAAGGGAGAAAGUUGUAAUGCAUGCUGUAGAAAAGUGAAUGCAUUGUGUGAUGCCAACUUUUUCAGUUAUAUCAAUAGAUGUGAUGAAAUGCAAAGAUUUGCACCUAAAUGUAAUUGCAAAUAUCAGAGAGGAUUAAUUGUGGAAAGUGUAGCUCCAUAUUUUAAUGACAAUACCUGUGUAUUAGGUUCAAGAGUUUCCAAAUUUAAUUGUCAUAAUUCUGAUUCUACUGUAAAACGUUUAUGCCCAUGUACUGAGAAAAUUAUUGAUAGAACUGAUUAAAUUCUGUUAAAUCUU